CUGGCAAGUCCAGCUUCAUCAACUCUGUCGACAGUAAGGCAAAAUAACUCGUCGAGCUACUGUAGAUGCACUCUUCCACGGGAGCUUCACCACAAAAUACAGAGAGUACAAAAUCCCAAAAGUACCAGUGACACAUUACCCUUUUGUCUUCAAUUACAUCAUGGGCCUCGAGAAGGAUGCACGUACAGGAGUUCGUUUGGAAGACAUCAAACUGGCCAUGAAGGGACACGUGAAGGAUGGUUACCAGUUCAAUACUAUCUCUGCCAUCCUUGAGGAUAACCAACACUACAACAGAGACCCCUCUCUAAAUGACAAAGUUCAUGUUCUGGUUUGCGUCAUCCCUGGCAACACAGCAGGAUUGCAGAAUGAUGAUAAUCCAUCACAGUUACUGACUGAGGAUUUGGAGACAAAGUUGAGGGAAGUCAGACUUGAAGCCAGUGAUAUGGGGAUUCCUGAAAUUGCUAUUCUCACCAAAAUUGAUGAAGCCUGUCCAGAGGUCCACAAGGAUAUACAGAACGUGUAUAAGAGCAAGUACCUGAAGAAAAAGAUUGAGGUGUUGAGUGGCAGGAUGGGAUUUCCACAAAACUGCAUCUUUCCUGUGAAGAACUACCACUCAGAGCACGAGACAAGUGAUGACACUGAUACACUGAUACUGAGCGCACUGAGAGGGAUGAUUGAAUCUGGAGAAGACUUUGUCAACGACCUGUAAAACUACAUUCUGCUGAGGCAGAUCUUGUUUUCAACAACAACAUGUAAAAAGGUCCUGUUAACAAUUAUGAUAAUUACAUGAAGUGGGCAAAAUGGCUUUUAGUUUUUUUUUUGCAGCCUGUAAUGCAUCAUAUCUAUACUAUAAAUGAUGGUGUCUCUACCUUAAUGAGUAAAGUACAGUAUGAAAAGGCUUUAUUUUUCCUAUAUUUGAUGUUUUCUUUGCAUUAUGUGUCAAGGAGUGAACUCUGAGGCAUGAACUCAAAUGCACGACUCAAACUCAGACUCAGGAGAGGUUCAAAAUAAAGACUUUACUGGAAUUAACACAGUAACAAAAACAGGGAAUAACAAUAACUCUCUUUCGAGGAAAAACAAUGACAAUACUCUGAAGCUUAGAGGUACGUAACACGUCUGUGGAGUAAGCUUGCUCAAAGUCCUGAAUGAGGAAACAAACCGACAAUGGACAGGAGGGAACUAGCAGAAUAUAUACACAGGGUAAGGGGAACAGGUGGAAACAAUCAGGGCGGGGAAAACAAACAAAGACGCAGGAGACAGAUAGGGGCGGGGAGUGGAGGCCUGAAAUGAGAGGGAGAAUUACUAUUCAAAAUAAAACAUAAAGCACAGGACAGAAGGACAUGACAAAACUAACAUAAAGAAUAAACUUUCACAAUAAGUUUCUUAGACAUGACAUUAUGGUAUUGUUAGUUAUGCUUUUUUGAUUCAGGUGGUAAUUUAUAUUGCCGUCUCCAGGUAAUCGAGAAUCUGAAUAUUCGUAGGUCGAAGAUGAUUUGGUUGACACGUGUUCAGAUUAAUGAUAACAUAUGCUGUACCUGUCAUUGAUUAAAAAGUGUUUUGUAUAUAAUGAUACUUUUUUAAUGUAACCAGAUCAUAUUCAUCAAAUAAUGAUAACAUCAAUAUUUUUAAAUUACAUAAUAAACAUAAUUGUUUCAAUCACGACAACAGAUCAGAGCAGUUCUGUGAUUUGCAGCUCAUUCAGAUCAAAGCAGCUUCACUUGUCUCUAAGAAAACCCUCGUCAGAUUUUAAAACAUGCAUGUGAUUACACUCUCAAAAACAAUACAUGGUGUUUCUUAUUUUUGCUUGCAUUAAAUGGUUCAACAAUGAUGUACA